AUGAAAAUAAAUGCCCAACAAUAUUUUAAUAUAAAUCAACUUCUUUUUUUCUUUUUCUCUUUCUUUCUUUUUCUCUUUCUUUCUUUUUCUCUUUCUUUCUUUUUCUCUUUCUUUCUUUUUCUCUUUCUUUCCUUUUCUCUUUCUUUCCUUUUCUCUCUCUCCUCUUUUUUCUUUCUCUUUUCUUUUCUUUUUCUCUUUCUCCUUCUUUUUUAUCUCUUUCUUUUUCCUUUCUUUUUCUCUUCUCUUUUUUAUACUGAAUUAAAAAAUAUUUCUUUUCUUUUACCAAAUCUUUUCUUCCUUUCCUUCUUUUACCAAAUCUUUUCUUCCAUUCCUUCUUUUACCAAAUCUUUUCUUCCUUUCCUUCUUUUACCAAAUCUUUUCUUCCUUUCCUUCUUUUACCAAAUCUUUUCUUCCAUUCCUUCUUUUACCAAAUCUUUUCUUCCUUUCCUUCUUUUACCAAAUCUUUUCUUCCUUUCCUUCUUUUACCAAAUCUUUUCUUCCUUUCCUUCUUUUACCAAAUCUUUUCUUCCUUUCCUUCUUUUACCAAAUCUUUUCUUCCAUUCCUUCUUUUACCAAAUCUUUUCUUCCUUUCCUUCUUUUACCAAAUCUUUCUUUCAUUCCCGUCUUUUUAGCUGA